UCCGUCUGCAGAUAUGAGCACACGUCAAGUUCCAACACCGCCGCACCCUCACCUCAUCAUUACUUCUGUCUCCUCAAUGUGACUCACGGGGGCGCCAGCGAGUCAGGCCGCAGGGACACGGCGGGCCAGGAACGCUUCAACAGCAUUACGUCAGCCUACUACCGCGGCGCCAAGGGAAUCGUGCUGGUGUAUGACAUCACAAAGCAGGAGACUUUUGAAGACCUCCCUAAGUGGAUGAAGAUGAUCGACAAGUAUGCAUCUGAGGAGGCAGAGCUCCUCCUGGUGGGGAACAAGUUGGACUGCGAGAGUGAUCGUGUCAUCUCCAGACAACUUGGAGAGAGGUUUGCCUCUCGAAUAAGUGGCAUGCGUUUCUGCGAGGCGAGCGCCAAGGAUAACUGUAACGUGAACGAGAUCUUCCUCAAGCUGGUGGACGACAUCCUCAGCAAGAUGCCGCUGGAGGUUCCCAACAAGGAGCUCUCUGGCAGCCUUUUGUCUCUGCAGCCCGAACCUGAAGUGCCUCCAGAGUUGCCCCCUCCUCGCAUGCGCUGCUGCUGAGUCCCACACACACACACACACACACACACACACACACACACACACACACACACACUCACACACACAAACAAAACCACCCAAUAUCCUUUACGUGCAGUGUGUUAAACUGAACACCAUGGGGCAGCAGCGAUUUGGAAGUGUUGCGCUCCAAAACUAACAGCUGGGUGGUAAUGACACUUCUUGACAUCCUUUACCCAGACUACCUCAUGUUCCAGCUCGCUGUGCGCCCUCCAACAUGUGCCUUUGAGGUAGCGAACCCUACACUUUUCCCCUGUUGUUAGUUUAGACAACUUUCAUGCCCGGUCCCUUAAUUUUGUACAUCACCCUGCAGGAGUGAGACGUGGACUUGAAGUUACAAAAAGCACACUUGUAUUUGUUGUUGAUGUAAAAGCAUAGGCGGGUGUGUUGCUGCACUGCACAGUCGCAGGUAGGUGGCCUUUAAGUAUUAGAUUUGUUUGGAAUGGCUGUCAAAUAAUUUGUUAAACACUGAUUGCAAUCAAGCUGGCACAUGACCAGGCAGCAGGAAAUUGAUCGCCAAGGCAAACUGUUUUACUCCAAGUCUUAUUAGACUGGCUUUCAAUAUUUUCAAAACUCUUCUUUUUUUUUGCAGAGAGUGUUUGAAUGACUCAGGAGACUCGCUUCAUUAUUACAUGGAGCAGUUUCUUCUUCUUCUGCUGCUAUGAGGGAAGUCCAAUGUUUCUUUGUAUUGUAUAAUUUGGACCAGAGUGGGACGUCCCAUCCCCUGCACAUUUAAAAAAAACUAAACAGUCUAUGCACGAGUCCUCCAAAUAUCUGUUUAAUGUUCUUAUACUGUUUCUUUCUUUCUUUGUUUUUAGCACAGUAGCUCAAUUGAUACUUGGAUGCGGCCUGUUAUGAUUUUUGUAAAGGUUAAGUUUCAUACUUUUGGGGGAACGGUUUUGCCAAAUUAAAUGCUACCAAUGUGACCAUCAAUGGUUGGUUACCUUUUAGAACUUUUGUGACACGAUUUUGACACUAAUCCGCAUGUUGUCAACAUAGCAGCGCUAUUACCGCUUCUGUCGUUUAAAACUUCUUUUUUUUUUUUGAACAACAUACCAUUUAAGGCGACGUGUUUGCUAUUAAAAGUGUUUAAAAAAAAAAGAUCUCAUUAGAGGUUUGGACUUGUUAUGAUUGGACUUUAUGUGCUAUUUAUAACUUUUGGCAUUGUGGAACUAAUGAAAUUAAAGAUGU